AUGAAGUUCGUCGCUAGUUUGAUCCUCGCCCUGGCCCUGUUCGGCGCCACGGCCUACGGCCAAGAGCUCAGCGAGUGCCUCGAGCAGGACAGCAUCUCGUGCGUCCAGAGGAGCAUCUACAAGAAGGCGCGCGCCUUCUUCGACCGUGACAGUUUCGAGCUCGUCAGCGGUGUGAGCUUGGUCAAGGUCCAGGGCAGAAGCGCGCGCAGCGGCGACAAAGCAGCUGCUGAACAAGCCGUUGAAAGCGCCGACGACAUCAUGACCAGACAGAACGCCAUCGAGGGAUACGUGGGUACCGAGGCCGUCAACUUCCUCAGCGGACGCAGCCUCAAGGUCAACUUCGCCCCGAUGGUCGAAAAGAUCGGCAGCACCGCCCGCUCCCUGACCAGCUCCGUGCCCGCCGAGAUCCAAGCCGUGGCCGACGACAUCGCCGAGGGCCGCAGCAAGAAGAAGCACCUCAUGAAGAAACUCAUGCCCCUGAUCAUGCUCGCCAAGGUGAAAUUCGGCGUCCUGGCCACCCUCGGCUACUUCGCCCUCGCCCUCAUCGCCAAGAAGGCCCUGCUGGUCUCGUUCGUCUCUCUGGUCCUGUCCGCCAUCGUCGGUCUCAAGGGUCUGUUCUCCAAGGGCAGCCAAGGUCACCACGACACCACCGGCUACAACAACGCCUGGGCCGGCAGCCAGAGCGCCGCCAGCUGGUCCGCCCCCGCCCCGGCAGCCUCCUGGUCCGGAGCCGCCGCCCCACACAGCUGGGACGAGAGCGCAUCCGCCGCCGCACAGGCUCAGGCUUACUCCGGCUACCAGCACUAA